AUGAUCGUCUCUUACCGAGAAUGCCUCAAGAACCACGCCGCCGCCAUGGGCGGCCUUGCUCUGGACGGCUGCGGCGAGUUCAUGCCCGCACCAGAUGCUUCCCCUCUCCACCCCACCUCCCUCAAAUGCGCCGCCUGCGGCUGCCACCGCAAUUUCCACCGCCGCCACCCUUCUUCCGGCCACCACCACAUUCAGCUCCCUGCUCUUCAGUGGACCACCCACCACCACCACCGCCACUCCUCCAGCCCCAGCCCGGGUCAGACCAGUUCGGGCGGCGCGCCGAGCCCGACUCCUUCUCCCCCCGGCGCCGCCGCCGCCGCCUCCCCAACUCCCCAUCACUCCGUCUACCCUUCCGCACCCCAGAUGCUCCUCGCCCUCAGCUCCGCCGCCGGCGAGCCUCUCUGCCCAGGCGAUUCGAACCCCCACUAUCGGAAUCAGGCGGUUCAGAACGCGAAUCUGGGGGAAAUGGGUUCGCUGAGGAAAAGGGCGAGAACCAGAUUUACGCCGGAGCAGAAGGCGAGGAUGCAGGAUUUUGCGGAGAAAUUAGGGUGGAAGAUGCUGAGGGGGAAAGAGGACAAGAUUGUGGGUGAUUUCUGCAGCCAGAUCGGGGUUAGGAGGAACGUGUUCAAGGUCUGGAUGCAUAACAACAAACACAGGAAGGAUAAGGGCAGUAAUGGAAACAACCACAACCACCACAACAGCAACAGCGGUGGUGGUGGUGGUGGUGGGAAUGGCAACAUUGGGCAUGAGCAUUUUGAUGAUGAUGGGGAUGAAGAAGAAGAUGAUGAAGAAGAAGAAGAGGAAGAUGAUGAUAAUGGUAAUCAUCAUGUUGUUAGCGUUAAGUACGAUCUUAAUGGUACCAUUGGAGAUGGUGGUAACUACGAGGGUAGGGUUAGAUUUGACACUAACGUCUUUGAGAGCAAAGUUCAUCUCCAUGGCCCUUCUGCUGCUGCUGCUGCUGCUGCUACUGCUGCUCCUAGGUCUUCUCCUUCGUAUUGA